AUGGGAGAAGACUCAUCGCACGCCGAGCGCAGCAGCAACAGCAGCAGCAUCUUGGUCAACCCCCAGCAGUAUCAGGCACAGCAAGACAACAUGGACCUCCUGGUGUCCAGCUUCAGCCCCAGCUCAGCUCCCUCCUCCCCCACCAACACCCUCUCCAGGCUGGGCUUGAAAACCCCUGGGAGCCUCGGACCUGGAAGUCCCACCAGUCCCACUGCCAGGGACCAGGUGAGCGCCAUCACAGUGGUGGCUCUACUCGACAAGCUGGUCAACAUGCUGGAGGCAGUGCAGGAGAAUCAGCGACGCAUGGAGUCGCGUCAGGCCGACCUGGAGGGCGCCGUGCGGGGGGUCCAGGGCGACGUGACCCGCCUUUCCAAGAACCACACCAGCACAUCCAACAGCGUGAACAAGCUGCUAGAGCGCUCACGCAAGGUCAACACCCACAUGAAGGAUGUGCGGGAGCGGCUGGACAAGCAGGCGUCGCAGGUGAAGCGGCUGGAGGCCAACCAUGGACACCUGCUAAAGAGGAACCACUUCAAAGUGCUAAUCUUCCAGGUAUGGAUGGAGGGGCGGAUGGAGGGAUGGAUGGAUGAGCUUUUGUAUAAGGGGAAUAAGGGAAAAGCAGAUGCGAGGAAUGUGUUAGUAUAUCAUCAUGGGGAAGGGGGUUGUGAGUGUAUGAGGGUGUGA